GAGAAAUUCCAAUUCUAUCCCUCCGCGCUCUUCCCUCCCAAACCACCCCUCCGCCCGCGCUCUUCCCUCCCAAACCAUCCCUCCCCCCGCGCUCUUCCCUCCUCGCAAACCACCCCUCCCUCCGCGCUCUUCCCUCCCAAACCACCCCUACCCCCGCGCUCUUCCCUCCCAAACCACCCCUACCCCCGCGCUCUUGCUAAAGGGGUAAAAGAUGAAUUGCUGUGGAGAGUGGAAAGAGGGGAAAGGGAAGGACCAGGGCGAUCGGAGAGGACACGUGGCUGAUUGGGGGGGAGGUUUUGGGAUGGUGUCGGAGGAUAAUACUAGUAAUGUGGGGAUAAGAAGAGUGGGUGAGGUGGGAGGGAUGGAUGAUCCACGUGUCAUAGCGAAGAAGCUGCAGGCGGGUCCCGAUCUUGCGCCAGGUGUGGCGGUGGUAGCAGGUCCGGAUCGCGACGGCGCGCGGGGGGCCGCUGGAUGUCAGGGGCUUCUGGCAACGGACACGUCAUCAGCGCUACCUCAGAUCUGUAACGACGGUCUCCGCGUUGAUGACAAUCAUGAUGGCGGCUAUCCUGAUGAGAAUGAGGAUGACAGUGGGGGGGGAGCCUUCCUGAAGGCGGCGGCGGCGCAAUGCGCAAGCGGGGGAGACGCUGACAUGGCAAGAAGUGACGAGUCUGAAGGGACGGCGGGAAUGGAAAAAGGGGAAGAGAUGGACAAGGAGAAUAGGGAAGUGGAGAAGAUCAGCAUCCCCCCCUCGGAGGAGAUGGCCAGACCCCCGAUGUCAUCGACGGUCUCGAUAUCCCCCCUUGCGGAAACCCCCGCGGGCGCGAACGUAGCGGACGGCGGCUUUCGGGGAUUCGAUCUCGCGCGACCCGUACGGCAGUCAUUCUCUCAGGCGAGCGGAGUGGACGCGGAUCUUCUCUUAGCGCGUGUGCUGCAGGAGCAGGAACGGGCUUACCUUCUGCUAACUGGCUUUGGAGCUCAUGGGUAUGGUAGCGAGAGUGAAGAACUUUUGGGUGGUGUCUUUGACGACGGAAAUCUUCUCCAUCUUGGCAGAGCGGAGAAUGAUGCCAGAGUGGAGGGAGAUGGCGAUGGGCCCGCUGCUGGCGAAGACGAUGGUGGGACAGGGUCGCAGGGGAGACCUGGGCAAGGCGCUCACUCUGAGGGGAAUGCACAGGAACCAUUGGAUCAACGAACAAGAGAAAGCAUGGAGAUCGACGGUACAAGAUACGACGAUGAUGAAUCGCUUGCACGAGCUUUGCAAGAGGAGGAGGACAGGGAGAUGACGGCAAGGCUGAUGGCAUUAGCAUGCUCGCUGCCUGAGUCACCCGAAGACAGUGAGGAUGAAGGGUUACAGGAUGUCUGGGCGCAAGAGUAUGACCCGGACAAUUUUUCAUACGAGGAACUGGUAGCUCUGGGAGAUGUCGUGGGAACGGAGAGCCGAGGAUUGCCACAGGAGGUGAUUGCCUCUCUGCCUAGGUCUACAUAUGGGCAGGUCAGGCAGCAAAGCGGAAGUGGUGAAGGAGAUGGAUCUAGCCAAUCCACUGUGGCUGAAGAAGAACAAUGUGUGGUGUGCCGGCUGGAGUUCGAGGCAGCAGACACUGUCACUGUGCUUGGCUGCAAUCACGUCUAUCACUCGGAGUGUAUACAAGGAUGGCUGAACAUCAACAAGUGGAAGACUUAGAUAUAAGCCCUGACCUGACCGGGACUGACCUCUCUCACAUAGUGCAAGAUAGCACAGCAGAAUGGUAGAAUACCAAUGACUAGCCCAAUCAAUGUCGCAGUGCAGA